AAUAUGGAGCAGAACAAAAAACACAUUAAUUUUGUACUUAGGUGUGUGCGAGAAAAAACAAGAGUAUUUUACCUUUCUGAGCCCAUGAGGAUAAGUACAUUCUACUGGGUAGUUGGGUCACUUUUACUGCUGGAAGACCAUAAGAAUAUUGAGAGACUUUCAAAGAAAAUAUUGAAUUUCGUGGUGGAGUGCCAGAAUGAAGAUGGUGGGUUUGGUGCCAGGCCGAAAUAUCCAUCUUGUCCUAUUUCCACACUUUCUGCACUGCAAAUUCUUUACGUUCUAAAGAAAUCAAACGAGCUUUCUGAAGGCAGUGAAACUCCAACAAGCACAGUUCUGGUGCAGGAGGACUCGCCAGAAACAAAGCGCCCAGGGCAGUUUACAGUACAAGAGAGAAGGAAUGAAGAAAUAUUCCAGUCACUUGAACAUGUCUCUGAUUCUUCAUCUGAUUCGUUGGACAUAGAGACAGACACAGAAUCAUCAGGGAAAACAACUAAUUGUGUUAUGUGCAAUGCAUACCUUGAGAAAAUAGUAACAAAUGAAAAGCUAAUAGGAUUUAAUUCAAUCCUCAAUAUUAGUUAUAUCUGUUAUUACAUCGCAUCGAAAAGCUUGCUGACUGAACUAUCCCUUGGUGGCCCUGAUAUGUUUGUUAUUCUUGCACCAAUGAAAAAAAUCCUCUGUGAAUAUAUUUCACAGUGUGUUAAUCUUGAUGGGGGUAUUGGUGCCAUGCCAGGUAGUGAAUCACAUGCGGCGUAUACAUUCAGUGGAGUAUCUUCUCUUUUUAGUCUGGGUGAAAUCGGUCUUAUAUCCAUACAAGAAACAGCCACACUAAUUGGGCUUCUACAGACAAACUCAGGAGGGAUUUCAGGAAGAGUUGAUAAAAUUGAAGAAAUAUGCAGUACGUUCUGGGGGUAUUCCACACUAGCAAUUAUGGGCGUGCCGGGAUAUGUAGACUCUUCUGCGCUAAGAAAUUUCAUUUCAUCGUGUGAGUGUGUAGAAGGAGGCUAUUCAGACAGACCAAAUGGAACACCUACUCUGCUGUAUACUUUCUAUGCACUCUCCUGCUUAGCUGUAUUAGAUAAUAAGAGUGUUAUGGAUAUACUCCCUAGUUUGUCUUUAUGCUUAUUUGACUGAUACUAUUAUAAUAAGUAUAUUCAGUGAAGACGCUCUAAUAAUAAUAAUUUGAACAGAAUUUAUUUAAUGAAAUAUUUCUGCUCUCUGUGCAGGAAAGCAAUAAAGUACAAAACGCCCAAUGGAUGGAUUGAUCACAUACGCGGUGUAAAUCACAGACAAAAAAGAAUGUUUAUAUUAAAACCCGAACUAAUUAAAUUUAUUAACCAAAUGAAGAAGGAAGCAUGUUAACGCAUGAAGAGCAUGCAGAAAUACAGAAAGUGUUGAAUAAUACAGAAGAUACAGCAGAAAUCAAAAAAGAGAAUAGAAAAUAUUUUAGAAGAAUCAUUGAUAAGAAUAGCACAUAAUAUACUAAAUUAAGACUAUAAUUUUAUUUAUAAAUAACC